GUUUUACACUUACACUACUAAACCCUAACUACGAUUCCUCCGCAAGACACAGAACUAUAAACUCCGCGAAGCACUCUGCUCUCAGCGAUGGCAACAUCCAUCAGACGCGCAUUCAUUUCUUGUCGAUCCCGCCAUCUAUUGCAUUUUCUCGCCACUCCUGAUGUCUACUCUCGCAAAACUAUGUUGGUUCCCUGUUCGCCAGCCGUAGAUUCUACCAGAGAAAUUCGAAGAAAUUAUGCCAAAGGAAGAAAAUCAAGGGCGGAUGAUGAUGAAGACGUCGUAGUAAAUGUGAAUAUCCAGCCAAGUUUGAAGGCAGCUGCAGUGUCUCAGAUGGAGGCAGCAACCGAAUCACUGUCACGGGAACUAAGCAAGCUUCGAACUGGGAGAGCAUCCGCUGGAAUGCUUGACCAUAUUAUUGUAGAGACAAGUGGAGUCAAAAUGCCUUUGAGCCGAAUGGCCCUUGUUUCGGUUUUGGAUCCAAAGACACUAUCUAUAUCUCCUUAUGAUCCAAAUUCUCUGAAAGAAUUGGAGAAAGCAAUCGCUUCUUCUCCAUUGGGUUUAAAUCCACGGACAGAUGGCGAGAGAUUGAUUGCAGCUAUACCUCCAUUGACAAAGGAUCAUAUGCAGGCUUUAGCUAAAGUGGUUUCUAAAUCUUCUGAAGAUGUAAAGCAGAGUAUUCGAAGAGCUCGCCAGAAGGCUAUCGACUCACUAAAGAAAGCAGGCUCAAGUAUCUCUAAAGACGAUGUAAGAAGAUUUGAAAAAGAAAUUGACGAGCUCACAAAGAAGUUUAUAAAGUCUGUGGAGGAUAUGUGCAAGGCAAAGGAAAAGGAUAUCAGUCAGAGUUGAGUCUUUUUCUUUUCUCGAUCAGACUUUAAAAGGUGACUCCUCAGUAAAGUGGUGUUUUAUUUUUUUCAGUUUAGAAAUUUGUGUUCGACACUUUACGAUUCAAAGUGAAUUCGCCAAAAACUUCAUUUGCUUCGUUUUUAGUUAUUUUCCAGAAAAAAUAAGGUGCUUUUUGUAGCUUUUAGUUAUUUGAGACAUGUAUGCAAAAACUAUAUAUAGCUGAGAGUUUGUCCUUAUAUCAUGUAUACUCCAUUCCAUCUUUAAUUCCAUUGAGCAUGUAUUAUUAAUUGGACCAUUUCAUCUUGUUUUAUCA